GGGCGGCUGGAGAGCGCGGCGCGCAGGCGCCUGGCGGCCAACGCGCGCGAGCGCCGCCGCAUGCAGGGGCUCAACACGGCGUUCGACCGCCUGCGCAGGGUGGUGCCGCAGUGGGGCCAGGACAAAAAGCUGUCCAAGUACGAGACGCUGCAGAUGGCGCUGAGCUACAUCGUGGCCCUGACGCGCAUCCUGGCGGAGGCCGAGCGCUUCGGCUCGGAGCGGGACUGGGCCGGCCUGCGCUGCGAGCCCUUCGGCCUCGAGCCCUGCCUGCCGUUCGCGGGCGCCGUGCUGCCGGCCGAGAGCGAGCCCUGCGGCCCGCGGCUCCUGGGCUUCCCGCCCGAGCCCUUCCAGACGCCCAGCUAGGGCGCGGGCCGGGCGCUCCGGGGGCUCCGCCGCGUCCCAGGCCCGGGUCGGUCUCUUGCCGCGCCCCCCGCCCGAGUCUGCAGAUUUCACAGAUGAAGCCCGGAGUGGCGCUGGCCGUGGGAGCAGCGUUUGCUGGACUACUUCCCGGAAAGCACGCGUCCGGGGGCGGGAAGUGUGAUUAGGUCCUACUGCAGUUUCAGUCCUCGGAGAAGUAAUCAGCUUCUUAAACUGCGCGAGACUGUCCUGUUUCGGUGGGGUUGCCUGAGGCGUUGCUUGUGGUGCUCGAAACAGACCUUCCCGAUGCCUGCCUGCGUGUAUCCGGAGCGUACUGCGCGUGCAUGCAUUAAGUAGAAGCAGAAUUUUCUUGCUAGCAUACACGGGCAUGAAUGCUUUGUAUUUUUGAAACCGUGUACACGUUAUUAAAAUAUAGAUUUUGUAAAAUAUAAA